UGGAGAAGGGUCUCAGAUGAAGAUGAAUAUGGAGAAAUUAAGAUAAUUGUUCGUGAAUUAAUCAUAUAUUUGUUAUUUUUGACUGUUCUCUUAAUAGCUGCUUUUGGUGAAAAGGGUGAAAUACGAUUCUAUUAUACAAAAGCUAUGGAAAAUUUAUUUAUUUAUUCUCCAGCUCCAAGUGGAAGAACAUAUGCAGACAUGACAAUCAUUGCAGAUUUUUGGGAGGUUCUGUGGAAUAUUAAAAAUGAGUUGGAGACAUAGAAGAAGAAAGAAAAAAGCAGCAAAAACUAGGUGGAGAAAAGUCGACUAGAAUAAAUGUAUUUUUGCCAGUUUUUUGAAGUAAUGAGAACAUUUGUGAAUGUGUGAAAUGUACAUUGUUACACAAUUAACCUAUUUUCUUUACUUUGGUUUUACACAAUAAAUUAUUUUCCUAAAUAAAGUAAUGACUAAACUUUUAAUACAA